AUGAGUCGCUGCCAACACUGCUCAAAGACCCUUAUUGACUUGCAAAAUGUUUUAACAGUAGCCCGAAGAAGACGCAAAGAAAGCCGGCCGCGACGCCAACGAACCACAUUCUCUGCCCAUCAGACACUUCGCUUGGAGCUUGAAUACGCAAGAGGAGAAUAUGUUGCACGUGCUAGAAGAUGUGAAUUAGCGUCCGCCUUAUCACUUAGCGAAACGCAAGUUAAAAUCUGGUUUCAAAAUAGAAGAGCAAAAGACAAAAGAAUUGAAAAAGCGCAUUUGGACCAACAAUACAGACAAUUAGCAGCGGCGUCCGGUUUCUUUCCGACCAUGUUACCGCCGUCAUACAACGCGCCACCCUGUCCCUGUUUACCAAUACAACCUACGUCCUUGGCCAAUGAUAAAUAA